AUGUAUAAUAUUAAAUUUGAAGGAGUUAACUUUGUGAAUUGCACCAAAUCAGAAUUAGAAACUAUUUUGACGGAAUUCAAGGAUCUCUCUAAUAAAGAAUUAGGGAAAUUUACAAGAGGAGUAGAUUCUUUGAAACUUAAAGAUGAAAAUGUGGAGCCUAAGUUCGUUAAAUAUAGACCGGUACCGUUUGCUAUCCGGAGAAGUGUUGAAGAUGAAAUUGAAAGACUUUGUUCUCUAGGUAUUUUGACUCCUGUGGAGUACAGCAGUUGGGCGACACCGGUGGUACCAGUAUUUGGUUCGGUGAGGUUGUGUGGAGACUACAGGAUCACAGUUAACCCUCAUAUUGAAGUGGACCAGUAUCCAAUUCCCAGGAUUGAAGAAUUGUUCUGUAGGCUGCAGGGAGGUGAAGAGUUUAGUAAGCUUGAUCUUUCUGAUGCUUAUCAGCAAAUUUGCCUUGAUGAAAAAUCACAAGAAUUACUCACUAUAUCGACACAUAAAGGUUCAUUUAGGUAUAAUCGAUUGAAUUUCGGCAUAGCCUCAGCACCUGCUAAAUUCCAGAAAAUUAUGGAAUCUGUUUUGGGAGGUAUGGAUGGGGUGGUUGUCUUCCUGGAUGACAUUUUGAUAGCGGGUAAGAAUAAAGAGGAACACUUACAAAGAUUAAGACUUGUUUUGGAAACAUUGAGAAAUUCAGGUUUCAAAAUUUCCGUAGAUAAAUGCGAAUUUUUUCAAAGUAGGGUUAAUUAUCUGGGGUACGUGAUCGAUAAGGAAGGGUUGCAUACAAAUGCUAGUAAAGUGUUAGCUAUUAAAAAAGCUCCGAGGCCGAUAAAUGUUACAAGUUUGAAGUCGUUUUUAGGUACGGUCAAUUACUAUGCGAAAUUUGUAAAGAACAUUGCCACAGUUUUAUAUCCAUUGUAUAGGCUACUGAAGAAAGAUGUAAAAUGGAACUGGGAUGAUAAUUGUGAAGCAGCUUUUGUCAAAAUUUAA